AAAAUAAACAAUCACAAGCUUGGUCACCAAUUUGAUAUAUAUAUCCGAUAUACUGUUGUUAUUAAAACUAAUUCUCAAUUAUAACACAAAACAGGCGCCUAACUUGCGCAUGGAAUUUUAUUACACAAUUAUUCGUAGAAUCACCUAACGAAUUGACUUCUACGCCAACGUGCGUCCAUGCAUCUGAAGAGCCUUCUUCAAUCAUACACACCCAUGAAUUGGCACAUAUACGUUCAUGUAUAUGAGAUUAUGAGUUCACGCACACAUUACAUGUAUGUAGAUUCAGGUAUCGCUAAGAGCAUAGAGAGAGUUGCGAAAAAAUGGGGGCAAAAAACAAUAAUUCGAGCAGGAGAAUUUUUAUGUUUUAUCUUAUACUAAUAACAUUGUCGUUUUUGGGUUUGGUCCUAAACUUUAAACCUCUGUUUCUGCUCAAUCCCAUGAUCAAAUCUCCUUCGAUAGUAGAGAUUCGUUAUUCUUUGCCGGAACCGGUUAACCGGCACCCGAUAUGGCUCCGACUCAUCAGAAACUAUCUUCCGGAUGAGAAAAAGAUCCGGGUGGGUCUUCUCAACAUCGCAGUGAACGAGCGAGAGAGCUACGAGGCAAGCGGGACGUCGAUCUUGAAGAAUGUCCACGUGUCGCUCGAUCCUCUUCCGAACAAUCUGACGUGGGAGAGAUUAUUCCCGGUUUGGAUCGACGAGGAUCACACGUGGCACACUCCUAGUUGUCCAGAAGUCCCUCUCCCUAAGAUGGAAGGAAUCGAUGCUGACGUAGACGUGGUCGUUGUCAAAGUUCCAUGCGAUGGUUUCUCGGAGAAGAGAGGGUUAAGAGACGUUUUCAGGCUACAGGUGAAUCUGGCGGCAGCGAAUCUUGCGGUGGAGAGUGGUUGGAGGAAUGUUGAUCGGAUGGUGUACGUUGUCUUCAUCGGAUCAUGUGGGCCUAUGCAUGAGAUCUUUAGGUGUGACGAGCGCGUGAAGCGCGUGGGGGACUAUUGGGUGUAUCGGCCUGAUCUUACCAGGUUGAAGCAGAAGCUUCUCAUGCCUCCUGGUUCAUGUCGGAUUGCUCCGCCAGGUCAAGAAGAAGCAUGGAUACAAGACAAGAACAAAAGUCUCACAUCCACAAAAACUACAUUAUCAUCAAUUACUGCCCAACGUGUCGCUUACGUGACGUUACUACACUCAUCGGAGGUCUACGUAUGCGGGGCAAUAGCCUUAGCACAAAGCAUAAGGCAAUCUGGAUCAACCAAGGACAUGGUACUCCUCCACGAUGACUCCAUAACAAACAGUUCUCUCAUUGGCCUAAGACUUGCCGGCUGGAAACUACGGCGAGUAGAGAGAAUCCGUAGCCCUUUCUCCAAGAAACGUUCUUACAAUGAGUGGAACUACAGUAAGUUACGUGUGUGGCAAGUGACAGAUUACGAUAAGCUAGUGUUCAUAGACGCAGACUUCAUCAUCGUCAAGAAUAUUGAUUACCUUUUCUUCUAUCCUCAACUUUCUGCCGCUGGCAAUAACAAAGUCAUGUUCAACUCCGGAGUCAUGGUUCUGGAGCCAUCAGCUUGCUUGUUCGAGGAUUUGAUGCUCAAAUCAUUCAAGAUUGGGUCUUACAACGGGGGAGACCAAGGAUUUCUGAACGAAUAUUUCGUGUGGUGGCAUAGGUUAUCAAAACGUUUAAAUACGAUGAAAUACUUCGGCGAUGAAAGCAGGCAUGAUAAAGCACGCAAUCUUCCAGAAAAUUUAGAGGGCAUCCACUACUUGGGACUAAAACCAUGGCGAUGUUACAGAGACUACGAUUGUAACUGGGACUUGAAAACGCGACGUGUGUAUGCAAGCGAGUCGGUGCAUGAGAGAUGGUGGAAAGUGUACGACAAGAUGCCCAAGAAGUUGAAAGGUUAUUGUGGUUUGACUCUUAAGAUGGAGAAGAACGUUGAGAAGUGGAGGAGAAUGGCUAAGCUCAGUGGUUUUCCUGAAAACCAUUGGAAGAUUAGAGUAAGAGAUCCUAGGAAGAAGAACCGUCUGAGUCAAUGAGAAGAGUAAUCAUAAAGUUGCUUAUUCAACAAGAGACUUUUUUUUUUGUUCUUUUGACGUAGAGAGAGACACAGAUUUUGAAGGGGAAUUUCUAUCAGGCAAUUGUGGAUUAAGAAGGAAAAAAUCAUAGUAUAGUAAAUGGUAAAACAACUAAAAGUUAG